AUGCAGAUCGGCCGUGCCACGCACAACUGGACGGGGGACGGCUCCAUCUCGGGUGAGAUCUAUGGCUACUCGCUUAGGAAUUCGACUCCUACCAUGCCCGGCCCGACAAUCAAGGUCGCUAAGGGUGUACCGAUCACCAUUACCUGGUACAACGAGCUAUCACAGCCGCACCUGUUCCAGAACUUUGUCGAGGAUUCUCUCAACAACAUUGAGUCUGCAUGCUACCCGUACUGUGGUGUGCCCGUUGUCACACACGUGCACGGACUAGAGUCACCACCAGAAUAUGACGGGCUACCGUACCGGUCCAUCUACAAGAACCAGUCACAGGUAUUCCACUACUACAACAACCAGUCUGCGUCCACCAAACUCUAUCACGAUCACUCCAAUGGUCUCACACGCCUCAACACGUGGGCUGGUCUCAUGGGUGCGUACAUCAUUGCCGACAAUGAGCUUGAGGCGUCGAUCAACAUGGACAUCGAGACAGAUAUUCCUUUGGUGCUGACUGACCGUUUAAUCAACACGACGGGCGAGCUCUUGUACUCGGACGACAACUGCAAUGCUGGGUCGACGAAGUGGGUGCCCGAGUCCUUCGGCUCUGUUAACCUUGUGAACGGCGUGAUCAUGCCGUACGUCGACGUGCCGCCUGCUCAGGUCCGCUUCCGCCUGAUCAACGUUGCCAACGCUCGCCACUACAACAUCUCCGUGCCGUUCCAGGACAAGUGCCAGAUCGUUGCGUCCGACUCGGGUUUCGCUAACAAACCCGAGUCGUUUGAAAACUACCUCGUUCUCUUCCCUUUCGAGCGCAUCGAGUUCGUCUGUGACUUCACUAACUCCACCAAUGGCACCACGUACGACCUCGAGGAUAACCAGACGGCUGACCAGCCUACAGAUUACGACGAACGUAUCAUGCGCAUCCGCGUCGUCGAGAGUCUCAAGACGGAUACUAUGAAGUACCGCGCGCUCCCAUCUACGCUUGUGAAGUACAAGUCGCUGAAGGAGCUCUACGAAGCCGGCGGAAAGGAACGUACCGUCAUCCUCGGAGAAAUGGAUACCGCGAUGCAGUGUCCCCUGUACGACAUGAUCAUGUACCGCUCGCAGCAAAUCAACAUGACGACUAUCACCGGCAGCCUUCACUGUACCAAGGGCACGGUGGAGAAGUGGAACUUCCAGAAUCCGACCGAUGACCCGCACCCAUUCCACUGGCACUUGGUCAACGCGCAAUGUGGCGAAACAGAAGAAACCAUCGAUACGAACCACCUGAAAGAUGUAGCCAAGAUCCCGAAUGCCGGUGACCGCCCCUCGGAUACUAUCACCCAGGUCUGCUACGUGGCUUGCACUCCCGACGAGUACCUCAUAGCCAAUAGCACUCGCGGCGCCAAGGACUACGGAUUUGACACGACCGAGCCGUACGUUGCUCACUGUCACAUUUUAGAGCACGAAGAAAACGCGAUGAUGAGCUGGUUUAAGAUCAUGGACGUGGACGACGGCUAUGCCGACGACAAUGGUAUCACGCCGGGCACCGAGAUCACCUUCACUGUGAUUGCUACGGCAAUGGGUAUGAGUGUUCUUGGUGGCAUUGCUACGACGCUGUCCGUGCUCGUCAUCUCAGUGGAACGCUUGAAAUUCCUCGCCGACCCGCGUUCGCUCUCGAUUGCCUUCGCUUUGUCGGCCGGUGUCAUGAUCUUCAUUGCUUUCGCUGACCUGUACGCCGAGGCAUUGAUUUACUACCGUGCUGCGUUCACUCCUGGUACAACGGACCCCGAAGCUUACGAGCACGGUGGUGCUUCCACUACCGCUGGAGUGUGCGACGACACAUGCAACGGCAACACGUAUUUGGCCGCUACUGGUGUAUUCUUUGUCGGAGUGGCCAUCAUCCUGUUUGUGGAGUGGCUGGUGCACUCUGUGUUCGAGCGUAAGGACAGAGCUGCCGCCAGGGCUGCUGCCAACGCAGACUUAGAGGCGGAUGGCGAGAAAGCUUUGAAGACGGACGACGUUACCGAGAAGGCGAGUGUUGUGCACAUUGCAUCUCCAAAGAGAACAAUGCGCUUCUUGAGGAAAUGA